UUCACUUUGCUCCCGCCAUUUUCAAUAGGAUUAUCCGUGCACACACACACAUGGCUCAGUGAGCAACACCAACAAAAAAGAGCAUAUAUAGAUAUACAACGAUAUCUAACUAGUUACACAGGAGCUUCUGUUGUUCUUCUGUGCCCCUCCGAGCCGAGACAAACUUUUGGAAAAGAGCAACGCUUCUGGAGCCGACAUAUUCGAGAAAUCCCGGAGACAAUUGAGACCACUAUGAGGAAAUGAUGGUCGAGGAGGAAAUGAGAGAUGGCGUUGCUCAAAGUGCGCGACGAAUGCACCAAGUUGGUCGGUUAUCAAUUUCUAAACUCGCACAUUUGUCUCUGCAUAUCACUCAUCCAACUUCUCGUCUGCUGCUGGGCCGUUGCUCAGCACGUCAACUCCUACAUGACGCACAGUAAGAUCUUAAAAUGUGAUUUUCUGGAGGGGAGCCUCCCGCUGGAGGCCGUGGACGCUGUAAUUUUCGAUAUCCGACUUUUCCAUUACCUAUGGGGCAUUCGAGGAUGUGUGGCAGAGUAUUUGGAUGGUGGCUUCGGGCGACUUUUGUGGUGCGUUUCCCACUGCUUAACCCUGGUUUUCUCCAUUCCGGUCACCUUCAUCUCCCAUCCGAAACCCUGUCUCUUUUGGCCGCUGCUUUUUCAGCAAUCGGCCUAUGGUAUUUGCCUCCUGGUUCUUCUUCUAGCAGCUCUUCCAAGAAUUGUUGUAGUACUUGCGUCUCCACAAGCGGCUCCGUUGAUUCCUAUUCUGUUUUAUCUUGUUGGCACCGCGCUCAAUUUUUUUCAUUUAUACGUGUACUGGCACUGGUAUUGGCACGUGAGUGCCAUGUGGAAUUCGGUGGUCCGUGUAAAGUUCGGACAGCGGCUCGAAAACGCGAAUAAGCGAAGUCGACGGGAUAAGCCGAUUGUGCCGAAGGAGGAGAUCGAUGAUGCCGUUUUGCAUUACGUGCCAGCGAAUAAGCCAACUGAACAGCAGAAUCAUGUUCAGCACAAUCAUAUCAGUCAAAACGGGAUUCAGCAACCAAAGGUAAUCCUUCCACCACCGAACCCCUACAACACCGCGCCCACACAUUAUCGACGCCGAUCCUCCACAGAAGCCCACCGCUACCACCCACCUCGGCAACCGAGAAGCUCGGCGCCAACCCACCACCGAGUACCGGCCGACUAUCCGAGUGACGAGGAAGACGACUAUGAUGAUACGGAAGGAGACGACGCGGAUAUUGAUGAUCUACCCACACCGCCACCGCCGAUUUACGCCGUCCGCCUGACCUCCGAUUCGUGGGAGAAUCAGAUGAGCCGCCCGUCGGGUAGACGGCGGUUACCGGCGACUCCGAAUUUGCCGAAACAUGGAGAAUUGCCGCAGAUAUUUAAUAUUCCUCAUGCUAAUGUUUAAUCAAAUUUUUGGGGUUUUAUGGGUUUUGGAUUUUCGGAGCGGAGCUUCAUUUAUCGCUUUAAUAUUGAAUCAGGGGUGGUUUUCAAUUCUGGCAAUUUGCCGGUUUGCCGAUUUGCCGGAAAAUUUAAUUUUCGGCAAAUUGCCGAUUUGCUGUUUGCGGGAUAUCAGAUUUUCCGAAAAUGUUUAGAGGGAUUUUUUAUAAGACGAAAACACUAAAAACUGUGUCUUUUUGAAUUUUUUCCACUUUUUCUACAUAUUUUCAUAGAAUUUGCUUACUUUUCAAAUUGCCGAUUUGCCGGAAAUUUUUAAUUCCGCCAAUUUGCCGAUUUGCCGUAAAAAAUCGUUUGCCGCCCACCCCUGUAUUGAAUUAUCCGGAACACAGCAACACUCUGAAAUUCGAGCAUUAGUUAAAUGUGAUAUUUGAAAAGUUUUGCAAACAAAAUAAUUUUCCCCAGCUUUCAUCAUUUUUUCUUUCAACAAAAAAAAACCGAGUGAUAUUAUGAUUUCCAAUUUGUGCUAUUUUGAGUUUUAUUUUAUUUUAUUUUGUUGUUUUCAAUAAAUAAACGAAUAUUUU